CUUGGUUUUAAUGUAACACUACUGAGUCUAUUUAAGUCAUUAGCUUCUUGGCCAGUUUCGAGUACACGAACAAGCUCGAAACAUCAGAGUCUUUCGUAGCUUAUUCCAGUACUUAUUGAAGAGAGAAAAAUGGCUCAGCUGCACAGAAAUGAAGGGCAAAUAGAGCUCAAUUGUGAAGCUGAAAAAUUCUUUGAUAUUUGGGCUCAUAAAAUGUACCUAAUUUCUAAUAUGAGCCCUAAUAAAAUUCAGAAAUCUGUGUUGAAUGAAGGGGAGUGGGAUAAGGUUGGUGCUGUCAUCACUGGGAGUUAUGUUAUCAAUGAAACCGGUGAACGAGCAACCCUGAAGGCAAGAAUAGACGAGAUAGACGAAAAGAACAGGACAGUGAAAUACAGUUAUCAUGAUGGGUUCAUCAUGGAGAAAUACUACAAGAGCUUCACCGCCACGAUGCAAGCAACUCCAAAGAGUGGUAAUAAGGGUUGCAUAAUCACGUGGUGCUUCGAAUAUGAGAAGAUGAAUGAUGAUGCACCUAAUGCUAAUAUGUACCUUGACUUCAUGCUUUCCAUGGCAAAUGAUAUGGAUGCUCAUCUAUGUAUGUAGGCCUUGAUCAUAUCAAUUUCGCAACAUGCCAUGCAUUAUAGUCAUGCCAUCUUAUGAAUAAACUAGGUUAAACCCUGCAAUGCACGCAUGUUGAAUAAUUAUAAUAAAAUUAAAUUCGCUUUUAGUAGUGUGUAAUUGAUGUGAUACUAUGUAUGAUAGAAUUUCAUUGAUGAUAGAGUCAUAUGUCAGCUCGCAUUAGUCAUAUGUACCGAAUAUCAUUGAUGAUUACUGUAACAGUAUUUCAUGUAUUUUGAUUAUUGCAACGUUUAUGUAUGAAGCAUUGGCCUACUACAAUUAAAAAGUUUACUUAAAUAUGAGUUUGAGACGCUA